CUUUAGAUAUCUCACACUCACCACACACUCCUUUGUGCGCUCUCUCUCUCAGUUGCUUUGCUGCUCCCCUGCUUCCUGCUGUGUUUCUUCAUCCCUUCUUCAGAGUCAUCUCACUCCCACUCCCAACUAGGACCUACAAACCAGCUCUUUACGGAAAUGGCAUCGAAGCGGCAAGUGAGCUACAAGUGUUGCAUAGCAGGAGUGGUACUCCUGCUGUUGACCAGUAUUGCCGCCCUUAUUGCUGUUGCCGUCAUCCAAGACACCUGGAGUUUUAAAGAGUACACGUUAGAGUACGGCAUAGUGAUAGACUCGGGUUCAUCUCGCUCCAAUGUGUACCUGUACGCGUGGCCUGGGGAGAAGGAGAAUGAAACAGGAGUAGUGACUGAGAUAAAGAACUGUAGAGUUUCUGGUGAUGGAAUCUCAGAGAUGAAAGUUGACCCAGAGAAAGAUGCUAAGUCAUGGAAAGCAUUCAGUGAUUGCAUGGAUGAAGUCAGGAAAGCCGUUCCUGCUGCAAAACACAAAACCACACCCCUCUUUCUAGGAGCUACAGCUGGAAUGAGACUGCUACGUGAGAGGGAUGAACAGAGGUCCAACGAAAUCCUGGCUAGUCUCAGAGAAUACCUGAUUUCUUUGCCCUUUGCCUUCCAAAAUGCCUCCAUCAUCACUGGUCAAGAAGAAGGCCUAUAUGGGUGGAUCACUGUCAACUACCUCAUGGGAAACUUCUUCGAGAAAAACCUUUGGAACACCUAUACACGGCCAGAAGGGGGAAAGACAGUAGGAUCCAUGGACCUUGGUGGAGCAUCGACCCAGAUUGCCUUCGUAGUCGAUGAUGAUCUCAGAGGACCAAACUACAUGCAUAUCAAACUAUACGGUUACCCAUACAAUGUCUACACACACAGUUUCCUCUGCUAUGGCAAAAAUGAGGCUGAGAAGAGGAUUUUAGACAAAAUUGUUCAGGAAUCAUCUAACCCAACCUACAUUAUGAACCCCUGCUACGCUGAAGGAUACAACGUCACAUAUAACGCCUCAUUUAUUUAUGACACAGAGUGCACAAAGAAACCAAAAAACUACAACCCAACUCAAGAAAUCUUCAUGGUGGGAGCCCCUGACUCAGACAAGUGUGGGAGCAUAGUGAAGUCCAUAUUUGAUUUCAAGAACUGUUCUUCAUCCCACUGUUCUUUCGACGGGGUCGAGCAGCCACCAGUCACUGGAGAGUUUAUGGCAUAUGCUGGAUUCUUCUACACUGCUAGGGCUCUGGGGAUUAAUGGUUCAUCGGAUCUUGAUCAAUUCAACUCCUCAGUGAUCAAAUUCUGCCAUACACAUUGGACAGUGCUGAAGCAAGAAAAGACAUGGAUCUCUGACAGAUACCUUAGGACCUACUGUUAUGCAGCUCACUACAUCUUCUCUUUGCUGGGAGAUGGAUACAAGUUUGACAAAGAGACGUGGAAAAACAUUAACUUUGAAAAAGAGGUAAAGAAAACCAGCAUAGGUUGGAGUUUGGGCUACAUGCUGAGUAUGUCCAACAUGAUCCCGUCUGAAGUGAAACAGAUCUCCCCCAUGACAAACAGUGCCUUUGCCGGCCUUAUAUUUCUAUUUUCAGCACUAACCAUUGUGACUUUCAUCGUAGUUUUCAUCAUACUCGUUCGCACCUGCUACUGAGAGUGUAAGUUACAAAGGGAAUGAAUGACCUGCCACUGAAAGGGGAUGGUGUGAUCCCAUAAGGUACUGGAGAGUGCCAUAGUUACGAAGUUGGGUUUUUUUUUUAUUUUCAGCCUGAGUCAUUUACUGCCUUCUAUUUCAAUUAAGAGACCUUCUGAAAACUGAAGAGCCUUUACAUGAAAACCUCUCACUGUGUAUGCAUUCAGGGUCUUUGAGUCUUUAAGCCAGGUUCAGAUGUGAGUCUGGUUUUACAGAGAAAGUAAAAAAAAAAAAAAAAAAACAGCUCAAAAAACGAUUUAAAACACAGUUCAUUUUGUACCUCAGGGAAACUCACAUAGAUUUAAGUCAUAGGAUCGUUUUCCAGGUAAAAAGGGUGCCACAGCGGUUGCCUGGAUGAUGCAAGAGCAUCCAGACAUGUCCAUGUCCUUGUUCUUGUUGCACGCUGUGUAAUCUGAAAACUGUGUAAUCUUAAAAUGAGAUUCACAAUUGUGUGCUCACAUGCACACUUGGACCCCUCAGGCAAAAGGCGUGAUCUAUUAACUCAAUUACUAUGUUUUGUCCCCUGUUUUAUACAUGUAAUUGCACUGAAUGCAUUUAUGUAACAUACAAAAAGGUAGCACUUUGCCGCGGCUUUAUUGUAACGUUUUAUACUGUGUAUCUGAAACUAUAACUACACAGCAAUACUCCACAUUUAUUGAAUGAAUGAAAAUCUCCCUAAUAAGUAAUGUAAUGAAUGUACAAUUUGCCAUUGUUUUCUUAUGAUUUUGCAAACUAAAUACAUGUUACAUUAAGUCAGAAAGUUGUAUACAGUCUGUUUCCAAAUUUAAUUUCUGAAUUUGGGACAGCAGCCAACCAGUUACAGAAAAUGUGUGUGCGAAGUGUUGUUUUUUCUGACUUGGUGUUGUUGCACAUCUGGGAAGGGUUUCUUCCUGUUCUACUUACAGAUAAGUACUGUCUGUACUGACAAUUCACACAUAUCCAGUUUUCAGUGUAAUCCAUAUGCAGUCCUCAUGUAAUAUGAAAUAUGUCAAUAUGUAGCCUUUCAUGCGAAAUGUAAUCAACAGAAACUAGUCUACUGAAAUAAAGUUUGAUGACAAAUCCAAACAA